GUGAGGGAACGGGAGAGAGGUACCAUGGGAAAAAUUCACAAAACAGCAAACGGUCAAUAUUGAUAAGCGAGUUUCCACCAUCGCAGCUGCUCGCUUACUCGCCGUUUGGCAAAGCGUCGGCACGGCAGUAGGACAAGAAUAUUGAAAGAGUUUAGUUCGUCUCUACCGGUGCUCGAGAAGCCAACAGCGGCAGCAGAAGUAAAAUGGUGUUAUGUCACAUUCGUGCUACUUUGCAACUUGGCCAGCUGGUCAAUGCUGCCGUUCGGUCACAUUACGGAUAUCAGUGCAGUAGGUUACUCAGUACCAGCAGUUUGCUGUUGAAAGAGAGGUUAUACACUGAUAAACACGAAUGGGUCUCGGUCGAGGGUGAAGUCGGAACCGUUGGAAUUUCGAACUUUGCUCAGGAAGCCCUCGGUGAUGUAGUAUUUGUGCAGCUUCCGGAAGUCGGCACCAAAUUGUCACAGAAGGAUGAGUGCGGUGCUCUGGAGAGCGUGAAAGCUGCCAGCGAGGUUUACUCGCCAGUUUCUGGAGCUGUCACAGAAAAAAAUAAGGCCGUCGAGGAUACCCCUGCAUUAGUGAAUACAUCGUGUUACGAGACUGGUUGGCUGUUCAAACUAAAACUAACAAAACCGGACGAGUUGUCGAAACUGAUGAGCGAGAAACAGUACAGCGAGUAUCUGAAAAAUGCUCACUAAAAACUGCACCCCGAGCCUUCUAGGAGCAGAGAGUCUAUGGUGGCUUGCUGCUACCAAUGAGUUCGCAGCUGAAAUCAAUCGAAACCAUCUAGUAAAUAGUUGCUAUGCCAUAUAAGUCCUGUGUAAAUCGAAUGUUUGUAAUUUAUAAAGUAAAUAUGUUUUUUUCCCUA